CUGUUGCACGGUUUGCGCGAAACUAUAGCUGUCUUGUGUCUGCUGGUCUGAGGGUUGCAUCAGCAUUCCAUUUUGCAGAAAGAUCUGGUUGCCGAAGGCUUACAGUGCAUUUCUUUCGUAAUGUCAAUCACCAGGCAUGAAAUAUGGCUCGAAAAAAAGAAUCUUGUUCACAAAACCUCAUGCCAAAUGUAGUCUAAACACUGAAACAGAGUUGUUAUAAGUGAAGACAAGAAAAUGUCAAUUGCUAGAUAGACAAUGGGACCCCGAAGAUAUAGCCUAACUCUUCAAGUACAAAAUGUUAUAAUAGUACGACUGUACGGACGUACGGUAAUAUUACUAACCUAUAACUGCAAAAACUGUAUAACAUUAAAUUUGAUAAAUAUCUGAAUAUAUCAUGUUACCGUACCGGUACAGCGGUAUGGAGUUCUGAAAAUAAACUAACUAGGCUAUAUGAUUACAGGAUUUAGGCUAAAUUGUCGAAUGUAUGAACUAGACCAGUCUGCCAGUGGUUCUCAAACUUUUUAAGCCUUUGUCGAUUCUCGCUCCCCACUUUAAAAAUAACCAGCUAGCAAUAAGCUACAAAUAACAGAUACGGUAUUAAGGCAAAAAGAUGUUUUAUUCAAAAAACAACUCGGUAAUACGUCUGUAGGUUGUUGGAACGUGAAUAGUGAAAUAAAUGAAAAGUUUUGACAUGUAAAUAUCCAAAAUAAAGCAGGCAAGAUCAAAUCUAACAAAUAUUUUCUUUUUUAAUUAUUCCACCCCCUCAAAAACUUAUCACGUCCCCAUUGUGGGGCGCGCCCCACUGUUUGAGAACCACUGAACCAGUCAAUUCAUGAAUUUGUAAAUGAUUUAUGUUUUAAAUUAACAAUACCUGAAUAUUGGUAUUUAUUGUGCAUAUAGUUUUCCGAUUCCUAGAUCUCCCAAUAUUAGGUUCAUUAGAACAAAAUUCCGAAAUCUAUUUGUAUCUGAAACGAGGGCCUCUUGCACAAUGGCAGAUGCGUCAGAUUGUGUCACAUAAUAUAAAACAAUCUUGAUGUGCAUUGGGUGUCAUAUGAACAAAAUUGCUUCUUUUGCUUAAAACUACAGAAUGCUUCAAACAGGAAAUUUUUUUCUUUUGGUAAAUUGGAUUAUUUUUUUUAAAGGAAUCCAAUGGUUACGUUUCUAGAUUGUGAUUUCUUUCAGUUUAUUGCUCAGUGCCAGUUUGCCAAUUUGUGUCGAUAUGGAAGCCUAAACUGUCUCGUUAAGGAGGGGUUCGCAAUUCGCACUGUAUAAUUGAUGUCUUUUAAUAAUGAGGUGGCUAUUCUCAAAAUAGGAGAACUGUGUCAGACUGUUCUAAUGUGAAAUUAAUUUUAUUUAUUUAAACCAGGGAUGUGCAAUCUUUAUUACAGGAGGGCCAGAUACAAGUAACUAUGUGAAGCCGUGGGUCGCACCUUCAUUUAGGAUGGUCUUUCUAUUAGUUUCAGGCACAAAAAAUUAUACUUCCAUUAUUAUAUAAAAAUUAUAACAAUAUGUAUUAUGCAACAGGAUUUUACUAGCUAGUUUUGCUAAUAUGACAAUGCCACUCAGGUACUGGUAUAGGCUUUGCGACGCCAAUGGAUUGAAAUUGCUCGCACGUAUUAGAUUAACUAAACUAAAAACUCAUUUUGCGGGCACACUAUUCAAAAUUGGUACUUCUCCACGGGCCGCACAAUUUUUUCUUGCGGGUCGCAGUUUGCACACGCCUGAUUUAAUAAACUAAGAAAAAAACGAUCAGCUUUUUCUGAUGUACCAAUCCUUACUGAAGUGAUCAGUUGAUUGGUAUCCUAGUUGGUAAGAGUAUAUUUCGGUAUUUCUCAAUGUAAUGAUGUAGCAUAGGAUCUACACGGAAAUAAUAGAAUAAAACUGUUUUAUUACUAAUCAUUAACAUUUUGCAUUAUAUUUAAAGCAACACCAAUGAUAACAUCUAAACCUCAAUCUAUUCCCAAAUCUACUUUAAAUUCAACCAAUCGUCCAAAUUUGCAAACGAACCAGAGCAAAGAGAAGCAGUCCGUAGAAACGUUCGACAAUAACUUUGAGAAUGGCGACAUUCUCUUGUGUCUAAAUCCCGUUGAGGACUUGAGCAAUCAAAAUUUCUUGUCCCAAUCAAGGGAAAAGAAAAAGGUGAUUUUCAAGAACCCAAUCAUCCAAAAUGAUUCCAUUAAGUCAGAAAAUCCAAAGAAGCGUUCAAAAUCUAAGAAACAGCCACAGGUGACAACAGAGGUUAUAAACAGAAAUGAAAAAAGCUUGCUGAAAGUUUCCGUGCCCUAUCAUUUUGACAAUGGCUUGAAUGUCACAUGGAGGUAUACAUCUACAAGAUGGGCUGAAAGACUGGAACAUCUCUCUCAGUUGGCGCCAGGUGCAAUCAAAGUUGUGCAGUCUAAACCUUCGAACGAUGCUUCUGCUUUUUACUGUGAGAAUCAAAGCCAUUUUAUUCUCGGUAAUGGGCCAGAUUUUAGCACCUCCAUGUUGGGAAUUCUGAAUAAAACCACAGAAGUUCUGAUAAAGAAAAUCAAUGUGAAACGUGUUCCAUUGCUGCUAAAUGAGGUACAUGUUAAAUCUCUUGUUUCCUUGCCAAAAUCGCCUCACAUUGCUCAUAUUCAUUUUAUCGUGAAGGAUAAAACGCAUUUCUAUAUAGUGAGAGAGUUGGGAGAGAAUUCAUUGAGGUAUGUGAUGAGAAUGAGGCAGUAUCUUUUCGACUCAACCAAACAACCAUUGGAGUACAAACAACUUUGUCACUCUAUUGCAAAAUCACUUGCAGUGCUACAUGGUAGUGACGUUGUUCAUAUGGCAAUUAAACCUGAAAAUGUUUUUGUUACCAACUCAGGAAAUGCUAUAUUAUCUGACUAUGGCAUGCAUUCCAGAUCUGAAACGAAGAAGCAACAAUUGUCUAACGGUAGUGGAUCCCUUUGCUGGCUUCCUAGUGAGGCAUUAGGAAAGGUAGACAAACCACAGUAUAACAAGGCAUCUGAUAUUGCUCCGCUUGGCAUGUUGUUUUACUAUAUAAUUACUGAAGGUAAGCAUCCAUUUGGUGAUCCAGAAAGUGCUGCAGAUACCUGUAUGAACAACAUUCUACAUGGGCAGUACAAUUUGAAACUGAUUACGGAUCCACUUGCUCAUCACUUGAUACAAAAUAUGAUUUACAAAGAGCCAGAAAAAAGGUUUUCGAUAGAUAAGAUUCUCAGUCAUCCAUAUUUUUGGUCCGAUUCAGAGAAAAAUGUUUUUGUUAAAUACCUGGUUAAGAUUGUUGCUUUUGCAUUGAAUGAUGAUAUUUGCGACACAAAAGCUAAUGGUGUUCUACAAAAAAUUAGGCUUGAAGGAUCGCAUGUGAUACAGAAUUAUGUUGAAAUUGGAAGUUGUUUGGAAAUUCCUUCAAAAUUGAAAAAUAAUUUGACUGCAAUAUUACAAUAUGUCUUCGAAUUUUCUAAGAGCAAUCCCCAUGAAGUCAAAGAGAAUGAUAUUUUCAGAGAUUUUUGCAACAUGUAUCCAGGAUUGUUGCUUGAUUACUAUUCAGAAAUUACCAUUGAAGAUAUGACAAAUAUGGUUGACAGUGUCAGAAGAACUGCUGUGGAAAAGGUCAAUCAAUAUCCAGAUUUUAUAGAUUUGCGUACUUUGAAAUCGACUUUGUCAGCUGACAGUGGUGUUGUAUCUCCAAGUAUGGAUGUCCCAGUUGCAAAAGGAAAUGGAAAAGAAAGAAAUAUUGGAGAAUACUAUGAUAUUGACACAUUUUCAUUUGAUAGCAAACGCACUAGGAAUCGCAACUAUUCUGAUUGUUGGACAUCAACUACUACUGAUGAUGGAAUUGAUCUUCUUUCUCCAAUGUCUGGAAGUUUUACAGACGAAAACAUGUUUUCAUCUCCGGUUAAAAUAUUUCCAAAUAAUUCUCAUGAAUACAGCGACAAAUGGAAAUCAUCAAAUCAUAGCAAUAUUAGCCCAGGAAGUUCUAUAGACAACCAUUACGAAUUCGAUGGAUUGGGAUAUUCAAAUAGUGUGCCAGAUUGUCGUGAGGAAACAAGUAUGAAGAGUAAACGAUUUUUAGCAUCAUUUAUGCCUUUAUGGACAGAUAUGGAUGAAUUAGACUGAACCAGUCAUUCAUGUUAUUGAAAAUGAUUCAUUUACUAAACUAAUUUGAAUAUGUUCUAUGUUUUGAUAAGGGGAAGACUGGGAAACAUGACAAGCUGUAGUUCAAUACUUUCACUUCUAAAAUACAGUUUAUUCAUUCUUUUGUUCCAUAUGCACUACAUUUCAUGCCAUGCUGCUUUAUACUAGAAGCAGAAAAAAUGUAUUGAAUUGUUUUUCAAAAAAAUAUACAAUCACAAUUGAAACUUACAACUUGGAAAUCCAACUUGAUUGUUGAGAAUAUUAAAAAUUAGCAAAUACGAGUUAUGUGUUCCAUAAUAUCAUCACACGAUACAUUUAUGAUUUUAUGUUAUUAUUCAGUUUUCUAAUGCCAAAUUUUCACUAAAAGUAAUUCCUUAUAGUUCAUUGAUAUUACAAUUGAGGAAAUAUUGUAAAUCGUUAAAAUCGGUGUUCAUGUAUUGUGGUGUGGAUAAGAUGUAACACUUCGUUUUUCGCCAUCCUAAUCUAUUAUGCCAUAUUUUUCCAUGGAAUGUUAUGAUUUACCCAUGAUCAGGCCAUAAUUAUGCUCCCGAAUUUUGGAUCUUGUUUGCUAUUGAAUAUGGAGUUGUAAUACUCAUAUAAUAUUAUAGUCAUUUUGGAAACCCACAUUAAUGCUAUAAGCUAUGUGAUACUAACCAAAUUAUUGUGCUAUAUCGUUCAAUUUGCUACUAUCAAAUUUUUUAGCAGUUUUGAUUACAUUUCAUAUGUUUUGGUAUUGGUGUGUGCUAGCUAUACUAUGGUGUUUUGACAAAAUAUAGCAACUUGUGCAUGACCAUCAUCUUUGUCUAAAUAUUUUAGA